AUGCCCAAACGGAAGAGGCAGCCGCCGCCGCCGCCGCCCCAGGUGCCCGAGCGGGAGGAGGCCGGGGCCGGCGGCGCCGGGCGGCCUGCGGGACCGCCCAGCCUUCUGGGCCCUCCCCCCAUGGCCAAUGGAAAGCCUGGUGACCCCAAGUCAGCUCUGCGCAGAGGUCCCCCGGGACCAAGGGGACUGAUGAUUCCGCCGCUGCUGAGUCUCCCGCCUCCUCCCCGGGGCAGAGGCCCAGUGUGGGGAGGCUUAGGCCCCAGGUCUCGCCCGCAUGGUCGAGGUUGGGGGAUCAGUGCUGAGCCUCCUUUUCCUGAGCCAGACCAAGGUAGUCUCCCCAGGGAAGGCUUUCACAAACAACAGAGACAUCCUAGAAGGCUCAAAAGCUGGUCGCUUGUCAAGAAUACCUGCUCCCUCGAGGAUGAGCCCCAGGUUAUGGAAGACAAAUCUGACCGCCCAGUCUGCCGACACUUUGCCAAAAAAGGCCACUGUCGAUAUGAGGACCUCUGUGCCUUCUACCACCCAGGCGUCAACGGACCUCCUCUGUGA